CUGGGGCCGACCUCCCUUUGCUCCCACCACCGAUUGAUCUCUCAGCACGUCCUGGCGGUUUGUCUGCAAAAGUAGCCUGUGAUCGGUGCCUUAGGAACCCUGAAACUGAGUUGAGCCAUGAGGCCAUCACCGGAGCCCCCGCUGGAGAGGGCCUGAUCUCAGGAGCGGAGUUGCCUGUGACAAAGCCUCUGGAGCACCCAUGAGGGGACACUCUUGGCUCCUGUGAGGAAAAGGCUCCGGGGCCUGGGCAGGUGGAACGGCUGGACUGCAGCUAUGGACCGUGAGCUGGCCCAGGCCCGCGUCCUUGCUGAACCUGCCCGUCUGUGGCUGCUCCCACCAUGGGCUCCUUGGUGUACAUCACAGUGGAGCUGGCCAUUGCCGUGCUGGCCAUCCUGGGCAAUGUGCUGGUGUGCUGGGCUGUGUGGAUCAACAGCAACCUACAGAAUGUCACCAAUUACUUUGUGGUGUCGCUGGCAGCGGCUGACAUUGCAGUGGGCGUGCUUGCCAUCCCGUUUGCCAUCACCAUCAGCACUGGCUUCUGCGCUGCCUGCCAUGGCUGCCUCUUCUUUGCCUGCUUUGUCCUGGUCCUCACGCAGAGCUCCAUCUUUAGUCUCUUGGCCAUUGCCAUUGACCGCUACAUCGCCAUCCGCAUCCCACUCCGGUACAACAGCUUGGUGACCUGCACGAGGGCCAAGGGCAUCAUUGCCAUCUGCUGGGUGCUCUCAUUUGCCAUCGGCCUGACACCCAUGCUAGGCUGGAACAACUGCAGCCUGCUGAAGGAGGGCAGGAACUCCUCUUGUGGUGAAGGCCAGGUGACGUGUCUUUUUGAGGACGUGGUGCCAAUGAACUACAUGGUAUACUACAACUUCUUCGCUUUCGUCUUGGUGCCCCUGCUGCUCAUGCUGGGCAUCUACUUGCGGAUCUUUCUGGCAGCCCGGCGACAGCUGAAGCAGAUGGAGAGCCAGCCCCUGCCAGGGGAGAGGACCCGGUCCACACUUCAGAAGGAGGUCCAUGCAGCCAAGUCAUUGGCCAUCAUUGUGGGACUCUUCGCCCUCUGCUGGCUGCCUCUGCACAUCAUCAACUGCUUCACCUUCUUCUGCCCCACGUGCAGCCAUGCCCCUCUCUGGCUCAUGUACCUGGCUAUUGUCCUUUCGCACAGCAAUUCUGUUGUCAAUCCCUUCAUCUACGCCUACCGGAUCCGUGAGUUUCGUCACACCUUCCGCAAGAUCAUUCGAAGUCACGUCCUGAGGAGGCAGGAACCCUUCAAGGCAGGGGGCACCAGUGCUCGGGCUCUGGCAGCUCACAGUGCUGAAGGAGAGCAGGCCAGCCUCCGUCUCAAUGGCCAUCCCCCUGGGGUGUGGGCCAAUGGCAGCGGUCCCCAUCCUGAGCGGCGGCCCAAUGGCUAUGCCCUAGGGCUGGUGAGUGGAGCGAGUGUCCAGGAAGCCCACCAGGAUGUGAGCCUUGAGGAUGUGGAGCUCCUUAGCUAUGAGCACAAAAGACCUUGCCCAGAGUCAUCUGGCAAAGAGGACCCCCUCGCCCAGGGCAGAGCAGGAAUAUCCUGAUGGUCCAUGGAGUUUGCCCCUUCCUGAGGGAAGCAAAUCAUUGUCUUUCUGGUUGGCUGGACCAGUCAUGUUGGGAGAAGAGUGAGUAUGCCAUGAGAGCCAUCAGGCAUCUGGCAACCACUUUGAAUGGAGAGGAAGGAGCCCCAAGCUGGUGUAGCAUGAGGCCCAGCAAGUAGGGCCUGAGGCCUGAGAAAGUAGAUGUUUCAUGCUGCGAGGCCCUGUACGAGGCCGGGGCUGCAGCCCCAGCGGCAUCUUCACUGGGCAGGGCCCAGUCUUCCACUCCAGACGCCUCUGGAAGUCCCAGUAGGUCUCUGCAGAGCUGCCAUGGCUUAGUGGACUGGCCUGCAGCAAACCUCCUGUCACACGCACGCCACCCUUCUCAGACUUUCUAGGGCUCAAGAAGCUGCUGGCCUGGAGGUGGCAUUUGACUAAUUUUUUUUUUCCCCAGAAGAUAUGAGUGUGAGGAAAUCCUUUCUAUUUUAUUAUCUUCCUCUCCCUGGCUUCUGGGUCUGUUGCCUGUCCUGCUGCUAACCUGGCCUUGGGAGGAUGCCAGGGAGUCUCAGGCAGCCCUCUCCUAUUGUCAACCACGGCUGUGCACUGAACGCCCAGGGCCAUCUCUUGGGGGUGAUGAAAGUGGACUGGAGGACAAGUUACAACAAGAACAAUGCCAGAACAUGGGCUCAUGGUCCCAGGGGGCUGGAGCCUGGAGCCUGGAGCCUGGGCAGUUCAGAGCUGCCUCCAGAGAGGCCCUAUCAAACCGGCCUUUCCUUCUAAAGGGAGUGUUUGUUUUUUUCUGAGAUAAAAUAAAAAUGAGCCACAUCGUGUUUUAAGCUGU